AUGUCCUCUAAACUCUCUCCAAACCCAGAACAAGCGAUGGUCAUUCGAGAGCUCGUCCCAAACGUAAUAACGACCUGCUCUACUCCUUUUUUACGAUUUAAACGUUUCAAGAUUGGAGGUAGGGGGACGCUAGUCCGCAUGAAUAAUGGCUCGGUCGCUGUAUUCUCGCCCAUUGCUCUAACAGAGGAAGUCAAACAGAAAGUAGCUUCCAUGGGCGAGGUCAAAUACAUAACUGCUCUCGAUUUUGAGCAUCACAUGUUCCUUGGUCCCUGGAAUAAGGAAUACCCGAACGCAAAAGUGAUUGGGCCAGAAGGACUUCCCGAGAAGCGGAAAAAACAGGGAGAUGAGGAUGUCCCUUUCAACGUGAUUUUCGAAGCUUCAAAGAAUCGUGAGACCAGGGUUGACCCCGAAUUCGACGCGGAGUUUGACUACGAAUACGUCCAUGCACAUUCCAACAAAGAACUCGUUUUCAAUCAUAAACCUACUAAGACAUUGAUCGAGGCCGACCUAAUCUUCAACCUCCCUGCACUCGAGCAACAUGAAAAAUCUGGCAUUGACCCCAAUUCUGGUAUUCUCACCAAGAUCUUCAACUCGCUCAUGCACACUAGGGGUGAAGCACUGGCUCAAAAGCGGGUUAUAUGGUAUGGAACAAGUGCCAAGGAUAGGAAUGCAUUCAACGAUAGCAUGGCGAGAAUCAAUGCAUGGGAUUUUGAACGUUUGAUUCCUUGCCAUGGAGAAGUUGUGGAAAAGGAUGCGAAGACCGUGUUCCAGAAGAUCAUGCAAUGGCAUUUGGAGGCGGCACGCAAGUCACAGUAG